AUGGCAGCACGUCAACCAGUGAAAGUUCAAAAAGUUAUGGUUCAACCCAUUAACUUGAUCUUUCGCUAUUUACAAAACCGAUCACGUAUACAAGUUUGGUUAUAUGAACAAACAACAACACGUAUCGAAGGCUAUAUAAUAGGUUUCGACGAAUAUAUGAAUCUCGUUUUGGAUGAUGCCGAGGAAAUCUUGUUAAAGAAAGAUACUCGAAAGAAAAUUGGCAGAAUUUUACUUAAAGGUGAUAACAUCAGUUUAAUUCAACAAAUACAACCAACUGCAACACAUAGUUAA